CAAAACAACUCCAAGAGAGCAGAUAAGCCCCUCUUCGUGCCGCGGCGCUUCGGCUUCGAAGGCAGGCAGCCAAGCCCCACCGCCGGCGGAGCCACCAACGCCACCAUCCCAUCCAUCCCAUCCCGCCGCCACCCAUGGCCUCCGCCGCCUCCCUCGCCGUCUCCCACCACGGCCUCCUCGCCGCGCCCGCCCGCUCGCAGCCCCGCCCGCCCGCCCGCUUCGUCCGCUUCCCCCGCACCCGCCUCCGGGUCGCCGCCGUCUCCUCGUCCUCCUCGCCCCCCUCGCGGUGCGACCGCGACCGCGACCGCGCCGCGGCUGGCCUCGAGCGGUGCCUGGCCGCGACCCCGGCGCCGGCCUCCGGCCCGCCGGAGAUGAAGGGCGGGAGGCAGCGCGGCUCGUUCGGGGCCGCCACGCUCCAGAAGGCGAAGCUUGACCUCUCCCAGAAGAGGCUCAAAGGCGUCCAGCCCGAGCUGGCAACUGGUGGUGGUGGUGGAGACAAUGGGAAACGAAUUGGCUAUGGUGGUGGUAAUAGUGGAGAUGAUGAUGGUGAUGAUGAUGAUUACUUUGAAGACUCUGACGAUGGAGAUGAAGAAAGUGGAUUUUUCAGAAGGCGUAUUAUUAUACAAGAGCUUUUUAAGAGGGAGUUUGUUGAUGCCGUUCUUCAAGAGUGGUACAAGACAAUGAGUAAUUUGCCGGCUGGUUUGCGCCAAGCUUAUGAGAUGGGUUUGGUCAGCUCUGCUCAGAUGGUCCAAUAUUUGUCACUGUUUGGAAGGCCCACAAAGGCUAGAUAUUUCUCUCGAGCCUUUCCAGACUUUUUCUCAAGAGGCCUUGUUGGAAGAAUGCUUGCAGAUCCAUCUUUCCUGCAUAAGAUGACCUUUGAGUUGCUAGCUACCGCUAGUACAUCUGUUUGGUGGGAGAUGAAAAACCGUAAGGAGAGGUUCCAAGAAGAAUGGGAUUUGGUGUUUCUCAAUGUAGUUACUGCCACAGUUUGCAAUUUAGCCGUUUUCUGUUCACUUGCACCAUGCCGUUCAUAUAUGAUCCAUAAACUUCCAAAUAAUAUAUUUGAAAAGAGCUAUCCUAUGAGACAGUUUGGUCUUCUAGGAAGAACCCAGUCCCUCUUUAGCAAGGCUGCUGAGCUUUGCCUAGGUGGGCUAGUUAUUGGCUCCAUUCAAGGUGGUCUAUCCAAUGUCCUUUCUGCUGGAAGAGAAAGAAGGUUGUCGAUGACUGUUCCUUCUAUCAGCAACAAUGCUCUUAGUUAUGGAGCUUAUUAUGGGCUUUAUGCAAAUCUGCGGUAUCAAUUUUUAUGUGGUCUUGAUAGAUCAAUGGCGAACCAUUUUGAUGUCCUUGGUGUUGCAAUCUUUUUCGGCACAGCGAUGAGAUUGAUGAAUAUUCAAAUUGGGGAGCUAUCGAGACGUGCCUGGCUUGGUGAGGGGGCAGAUAUGCUUAAUUCGGAUAAUUUAUUGAGAACAUACAAUGGCCCAGCAGCAGAGCUUGCCAUCGAGCAACAGGCAGGGUGGUUUAUGUCCAAGAAUGCAAUUGUAUCUGGCCUAGAACUUCUAGGCAUCAGGUAUGGUGCAGCUGAAGAUGCUUCUCCAAAGCUUCGGCGAAAGAGAAUUGUCCGAAAGAAGUAGGGUGGAUGAGGAAAAACCUAACUAUUCUUUCAACAAACGCUGAGUUCGAUGGUUUUGAUACCCAUGUUGGGACAGUUUUGCUUCAGUUCCGCCAUGCCAUGUGUUGCCUAUCGUAGUAGGAUGGAUGAGGGGGGAAAAUUAUAACUAGUGUUUCAGUUGCCUAUCGAAGUAGGAUGGAUGAGAAAAGAAAUUGUAACUGGUGUUUCAGUUGCAAUUUGGGGCCAAGAUCAAAGGCUUGCUAUUUUUUUACUCAGAGGCGAUUCAUCCGGUUCGCUGAAGGCCCUUACCAUUCUUCUGUGUUGGUUUGAGCAAAGUAUGCCACCGAAGUUCUAACUGUAAUUUCAAGACUAUAGAUACCACCAGACUUCUAGUAAAUACUCGUAUCAGAGAAGCUCAUAUGUUGUUCACUAGAUUUUUUUCAUAUUUUUAAAAAUGGUGUUUUACUUUAUGAGUUGUUCGUAUGCAUUUGCGCUGUAAUUAUGUUUCAAGAUGAAUACUAGUUUCUAUGGUAGUGAAAUUUUAAAAUCUGAUUUGAUGAA